AAAACAUCCCGAGAAGGAAUCCGCUACACGGACACAUCGUGAGUCCUCCACGGUCUAAUAAACGUUCACGGUCGGAGUCUGGAGCUUCUCUGGAGAAUCGGAGCGAACAUGUCCCGAGAGAGGUAACCUUUUCCCGGACUGCCGCUUCCUCCUCUGCCGGCUGAAGGACGGAGCAGGACGGACAGACGCAGAUGGAGAGGCCGGGCAGGCUGCUGCUGCUGUCCGAGCUCCGCGUCAGAAAUACGGCGUACGAUGUGAGCCUGAGCCGGUCCCUGCUCACCUGGAAGAGACGCGUCUCCAGCCCGGUGUACCACCCGUUCAGACCCAGUGUGUGUCACAGUGUGUCAGUGUCAGAGAUCAUCUCUGUCAGGGAGGAAGAGGAGGAAAACGGCAGCAGACGAAGAGAGGAUGGCAGCUGGAAAAAGAUCAAAGAGAGGGAAGAAAAGGACUACAGGCAGGCCUUCACAGUGCUGUAUGUGGAGAGGUGUCGGCAGCAUCGCUGGCGGUGUGCUGAGGUCACCUUCACGUGUUCAGAUGCUGCGCUGUGUCAACACUGGAUCAGCAGCAUCAGAGAGCAGCUUGCAGCUAUCACCAGCCGACCCAAACACCUGUUGGUCUACAUCAACCCAUACGGCGGGAAGCGCCAGGGAAAACGCAUCUACGAGCAGAAGGUCGCCCCGCUGUUCGCCCUGGCUGGCGUCUCCACACAUGUCAUCGUGACGGAGUUUGCCAAUCAUGCAAGGGAUCACCUAAAGAUGGAGGCAGAGCUGAAGAAGUUUGAUGGUGUGGUGUGUGUCGGAGGAGACGGCAUGUUCAGUGAGAUCAUCCAUGGGCUGAUCUGGAGGACACAGAUCGACAACAGCGUAGAUCCAAACUGUCCAGAUGAAACACUGUCUACCUGCUCGCUUCGCAUUGGGAUCAUUCCUGCAGGUUCCACAGACUGUAUCUGCUUCGCCACUGUGGGCACCAAUGACCCUGUGACCUCCGCACUGCACAUCAUAGUGGGUGACUCUCAGCCAAUGGACGUGUGCUCGGUUCAUCACAACAACACGUUCCUGCGAUACUCUGUCUCUCUGCUGGGAUAUGGUUUCUAUGGUGAUGUGCUAACUGACAGCGAGAGGAAGAGAUGGAUGGGACCAGCCAGAUACGACUUGUCUGGUCUGAAAAUGUUCCUGACUCAUCAUUGCUAUGAAGGAACAGUGUCCUACCUGCCGGCCAGGGGCAUCAUAGGAACGCCGCGAGAUGCAGCCAGGUGUCAAUCCGGCUGUGUGGUUUGUCAGCAUAACGGGCGGCUACAUUCAGAGAGAGCUGAGAGGUACGAGAUGGAUGACACAUCAGACUGCGAGAGUGAUGGCGAGUGGAGGACGAUCCGAGGGAAGUUUCUCGCGAUCAAUGCUGCCAGUAUGAGCUGUGCUUGUCCUCGCAGCCCUAAAGGCCUCUCACCUGCUGCUCACCUGGCCGAUGGCACCACUGACCUCAUCCUGGUCCGAAAAUGUUCCCGCUUUGACUUCCUCAGACACCUCCUCCGACACACCAGCAAGGAUGAUCAGUUUGACCUGACUUUUGUUGAGGUCCACCGGGUGCGGCGUUUCCGCUUUACGCCCCGUCACUGCCAGAGUGACUCGGAGCUCGAGUUGGACCUGCAGGAGAAUGGCAAACACCAGAUCUUCAGCCAGAUCUGCCGAGACCACCCGGCUUGUGGCUGUGCGCCUGCCUACAGCAGCUGGAACUGCGAUGGCGAGAUUUUGACCCACACGGCCAUUGACGUCAGAGCGCACUGCCAGUUGAUCAAGCUGUUUGCACGAGGAAUCGAAGAGCCGCCAGUGUUUGAAGAUCUCACUAACCCCUGUGCGAUAUAAGCCGGUGUCCCCCAUUAUUCUCUGCCCGACACUGGAGCUGUGUCUUUGUUGCCGGCUACUGCCUACGUUGCUGCUGCCGCCACCAUCAUGUGACGUUCAUCACAUUUUACACUUGGAGAUGCGACAGGAUUUGCUGACUCAGCAAUUAGUCAUGCUGUUACUCAACAAAUGUCAGCAGCACAGAUGGAAACAAAACUUUAUCCUCUGGGUCAAAAUGAUUUCCUAAUCUGUAGUUUUCUGACAGCUUAACAUGUAUUCCCUGGAAACUAGGAAACCACUGUAAAUCAGGAAAUUGUAGACCCAAAGAAUGAAGCUUCACCCUCAGAUUUUGAAAUCGUUUGGAGUGUCUCUAUUGGUGUUUGUUUGGAAUGGUUGCCGGGUGUCUGGUACCUGCUUUAUAUUUCAUACAUAAUUCCAGGUCUGCAGCAGAGACAAGCCCUGUUUGACAGUAUUUUAUAUACCAAAGGUCAGAGCAACAUGGACUUCUGCAUGUCUGUGUUGCUCAAAAAGUGAUCACUGCCUACAGAAUGGCCUGUAGACUACAAGUCCAGUUUCAAUCUCAAGUCCAGCAUCUCUCUUAAAUCAGAUUUGUUUCUUGCCACUCUCUGCAAUUCGUCUUGAGGUCAUUUUGAUUUCUCUCAGUCAAUCCUGUUGUGAUUCAGACUUGCUAAGAUCUGACCAUGUUUCCGUUUGGGGAGUAUUUGACCUGAACUUGUCAUUGAUUCAGACUUGCUUCCAUCUAAUUUCUCUUUUUAGGUGGACUUGUGGUGACAGGGAUGUGCCUCAGUUGGACUCUGACUUGUCUUAGCAUUGUUAGUGUUUAGACAGGAGGGGAGAGAUGCAAAGCCUAAAUGCUUGUUCCAGAAGUCCAUAUCCAAUCGCUCAGUUUCAUAUGUUUCUGGACUUGUCCAAGUUUAACAGGUGAAAUGACUCGGCCCUAACAUGUAUCAGUCUUGUCUCAGUGUAUUUAUGUGGACUUGUAGAGAGUCUCGUAGUCUCUAAGGAUCCUGCAGUUGCACUUGUCUCGACCUUGUUGGAGGAGUUCUCUUGAUGUAAAUUUGUUUUGACGUUACCAACCAACUUGACCUGUUGCUAUCUUUUAUCUUUACCAAUGCCAGAUCUUUUUUAGUUGUCUAAAAGGCUGCUGUCAGUCCUAUGUAUUAUCUGUAACUUUAUUUUUCCACCUUCUUUACGACAUGGACAAGUUUUCUCCAAUAUCUCAGUUUUGUGAUUGUCUACGAUUUGGACUUUUCCUGGUCUUGCUGAGGUUUUGACUUUGACUUAUCUGGUUCUUGGUUACUGUACCUGUAACCUGGCCCUGAUUUAGACACAAAACAGAAACUGCUUUGACUUGGACUUAGUCUUAACCUUGAUUGUUGAUUAAUGGCAAGUUUCAGUGUGACUUCAAUAUUUUUUUUCUGUUGUGUCAGACUUGUGUCUGCCUCCUGAAUAUGUUGACUUGGAUUUAGCUUGGAUUCUACUUAAGCAGCAGCUGUGCAGAGUAGAAUAGACAGAGAGCUUCUGUAUUUAUUUAGCAUAUUUGUGGGUUAGAAAGUCUUGCAUAAACGUUGGCUUAUUUGCAUUUUUUAUAUAGUUUAACAAAUAUACUAGACUUGGAAUUAGCUGUUACAUGUACGAGGGAUGCCAGACACCUGCCAGUCAUUCCAAGGGUCAUGUGAUUAUAAGGAGUCAGAGGUGGUCAGUACUUACAGAGAAGAAUGAUGCUGACAAGUUUAUUUUCCACUGUUGACCUUUUCUUGAACAAUCACUGUCCUUGUUCUUCUGCUUGCAAAGAUUUCUGUCCCUCAAACCGAUUCAUUCGUUUUCUCCAGUCCUCAGUUACCGUUGUUUCUCAGGAAGACUUGAGCCCAAUCAUAUCUUUGAAGCUGUGUUCUUACACAUUUGAAUUCAACGAUAUUCAGAAAAAAAAGACAUCUACAAUUUUUAUUUUAAUCAAGAACAUUUUGUGAUUGUCAGGGUGGUCAUGAUGCACAUGUCCAUGUUUUUAAUCUUCCAUAUCUGCUCAAUAUGCAGAAGCACUCAGUCUGAGCAAAGAUAAAACAGAAUGGAAAACAUCUGACGAAUUACUGCUUUAAUACACCAACUGUUCUGUCUUCAAAAUGUGCUGAAGCUCUCGCUGUAUCUUCAAUUUACUCUCAGUAUAAAAGGAUGUUCUCAUCUAUCUAAUUCUAACUUAGUCUCAUAAAACCUCAAAAUAAUCAUCUGAAACUUCCAUAAUUUAAAAUAAGAUUUUCCAGCAACACAAAUAUAUUUUUGUAGACAAAAGCAUUCUUAAUUUAAUUUAUUCCAUCUUUUAAAGUUGUUGCAAGAUACAUUACUUGGCCAAAAGUAUGUGGACAGCUGAACAUUGCAGCCAUAUUUCAUCAGUGAACUGCUUAUUCCACAAACUUGCAGGGAUGUGCUCCCAUUCAGCCACAAGAGCGUUAGUUUAAUGCAACAGUGAUGGCGGGUGAUAAAGUCAGGCUCUUUGUUGGUAUUUAAGUUCAUCCCAAACAUGAUAAGAUCCGUGCAGGCCAGUCAAGUUGUUCCACACCAAACUGAGACAACCAUUUCAUGUGCAUCUGACUUUACACACAGAGAGAUGUUGAAAAUGGAGAGGGACAAAACUAAUCUCAAACAGUUCAAACUGUUUGAAUGGUUAAUUCCUUAUUUGUCUGUACAUGCUAGUGGCUUGGCUCUACGGUCAGCAUCGAUGAUCCUAAUGUUCUGGGCGUAACUGCCUCGGUAGAAAUUCCACUCCAUAAGUGCUAAUAUGUCAGCUUCAAUUAACUCCUGAACUGGUUGGGUCACAGGUUGUACCCACCAGAAGUCUAAUACCAAACUAUGUCCUGUACCAAACAGUGUUGGUUAAAUUUGAGUGGCUCAAACUGUUUGAACUGUUACAACACCAUUCGUUAUAGUGCUAGCAAAGUGGCUGUAGUUACAUAACUGAUGGUUAGUCUUGAAUAAAGUUGGGCCUCAAAAAAUCUUUCAAAGAAUGCAAUCUGAUCUGAAUUGCUCAACUCCAUAGACACGUUCAACAUUCUGCAGAAUGUUUUGGGGGGAUCAAUAAGGAUCAGUAAGGAUGUGAAUAGGGCUGUCUACAAACUUUUGGCUGGCUGUGUUUUUCCACAGAUACUUUAUUUUCUUAGCUUAGCCAAAAAAAAAAAAGUUUGUGUACAAGUGAAUUCAUCUCACUGUGAGUGUUGCCAGUUUGUAAAACAGUAUUGUGUUUAAAGAAACUUCUCUGUAAAGUCCAGUGUUGAUAUUCAACCAUCUGCUAAUACAGACACAUUUUUUAUUUUUGAAAACCUUCUUAGUGGACUACUCUGAGCAUAUUGUAGCCUGAUGUUAAUGGUCUCUGUAGCUGCUGCUCAAUGUGCCCUGGGGGUUCAUUUUUGCAGAAAAUACAAUCUAUAUGUAGCAGUAUCCCUUUUGUGUGAUUUUUUUCCCCAAGGUCUUUCUAUGCAUAUCUGUUCAUAAUAUCAUGGAAUGACAAGAUCGCCUUUCUUCUCUGCCGAGAAUCAGUUCUUUAAAUGAAAACUCAUUCUAACUUUGACAGAAGGUUGAGCAUCAGCACUGGACUGUCAGACUGUAAUAGAUACUGUUUUUUGUUUGUUGACCAGCAGUCCUGUUUACUUUCUGUAGACAUUAAACUGGACUCAAAUUGAUGGAGAAGGGAACCAGUAGCAGCUCACGGUGUUCCAAAACACCAAUCAGUCAGCUUUCAGCUUUAUCCUGAUCUUUAUCCGACCAAAUACAAGCCAGGGUUUUCUGAUGUAGCUGUUUAUUUUUCUGUCUGAUACUGUGAUGGUUGUAGCUCAGUCAAGAAGUUUUCACAGGUUUAGAAUUUUAAACCUUAUCCAAAGCAGGUCACUGAAAGUUGCCCAAGGAUAAUUAAAGAUCCAAAAUCCUUUUUAUAGUGACUGUAAUAUGACCCUGGCACAAGGUCACAGGUUGAGCCUCUGGUGCUUGGGACCAGGUGGACCUGUGAAGAGCUGUAGCUGAGCCUCAUGUUGUCUCAUGUUGGUUUAUCUCCUAAAGCUGUAUUCAUGUACAAUCAGAAUCUGCUGUAAACCCUCAAACAACAAACCAAAUGUGCGCACAGAGGUCGACUGAUGACAGAUGACUGAAGUGGAUUUUUAAUUAGGAGAGAAUGACAAAUUUUCAUUGACAUUCGGCUGUGUUUGUGCUUUGCCACUAUCACAGAUGCAAAUAGUUUUGUAUGUUUUGUGAAAUAGUCAGUGCUGAUUUAAUAUUGGAAAUACUGAGCUACUAUACCUGGUGAGCUAACCACUGAAAUGUUGAAGAGGCUAGAAAUUGCAAGCUCAGCUCCUGACUAAUGCCAUAGCUUAACUAUCCAGCCAAACCAGCUAGCUGCCAAGUUCGUAACUAGAUAAUGUUGCAGUCAUGCAGACAAAAGAAGGGCGAAACUUACCAUAAAGUGCUGUUACUCAGAGUUUAAUGAGGAAGUGACCAUCUAUCUGGCGAGCUAACAGCUGACACAGCUAGGGUACUCAGUAGUCAACCACAACCACAGCAGCUUUUUAUUUCUUUGUACAGUGCUUUUUAUUCCCUGAUAUUACUGGCAUUUUAGUGCCAUAAGCGGUCUUUUAACUGCCCCUUCACCGACGCACAAAAGUUCAAGCUGCUCUAAAACGUCCCAUACAUGCUGGCAGUGCAAAACGACUGAUUGUCAUGUUAGCAAUUGACCUGAAUUCAGAUAGUUUCUCCGAAAAUAUAAUUGUACCAUGGAACUCGCUCCAUAACUGUCUCUAAAGCAUGUUUCUGUUAUAAGGAUUUUCAUUCUUCAACAGAGGAGGUCAUAAACUGGAUGGUGACCACCAUUAAGAUACACUGAAGAUGUCAGAAUGACUUGCUGUUGGUCAGUGGUUUAAAUUGCCAGGUAAAAGCUCAUCAAAAUUGAUUUAGGCUUGACAAUUAUCGCAGACUUGUCUAUGAUGUUUCUGUGUUUCUAAUCCAGAUGUCACCAGGCCAUAUGUACCAGCAGCUAACUGGUUUGUGUCGCCAGUCUGAGUUGAUCCCAAGUCAGAAAUAUCAGGAAUCACCAUGUGGUGCUAUGAUAUUUAAAAAUAAAAAUAAAAAACUACACAUGUAUCUCAAAACUAGCAGCAAAAAAUGUGAAGUUAUCUUGUUAUUUGUAUUCUGCCAACUUGCAUUCUGUUGGUUAGCAAGCUAGCUAAGGUUUGUCACAGACCAGACAAUAACACAAAGUUAACGAAGGGAACUUAUUAGUGUCAUGGACAGCUGACUGCAAACCAGCCCACAUCAUGUUUUUGGAGUUUAUACUGGUAACAGAGCAGGGUUAAAUAAAAGUAAAUGGUGACACAGCUAUUAUAAAAGCUUCCUCAACUUAGGACUUCGCAGCUCUUCCUUCCCACAAAGCUCAGCACUGAUCAGAUAUUUUCAAUAUGAUCAUGCCAUCAAAAAAUGCUGGCUUGACAUGGAUCUUUAGAGUGAAAUGUGUAAAAUCCUACAAUAUGGAAUUACAUAUAUAACCAAAUCAUCUCUAGUGUUGUGUAGAAUGUGUAAAAUGACCUGCUGCUUAUUUUAUUUUUGGCACUGAUUAUUUUUAUGGUUAAUUGAGUAGUUUCAAAGUUAUUUUAAAAAAUAAAUAAAUAAAAAUUCAUUCUCAUAUCUUUUUAAGUAGAGAGUGAUUCUUCUCUCUUUAGUUUUUUCUGAAGGAAUGAUGUCUCAGCUCUGUGAAGUUAAAGAAGUUAGUGAAAGACUCUCCUGCGUACAGAAAAUAUAAAAAAUAUUUAACACUGUACUGUAUUAUGACUCUAAAAGCUAGUUGGCUCAAGUGAAUCAGUCGACCUCUAGCUGUAACCUGAACCUACCUAUUACCUUCUGCUGUAGCUGUUGCAUUAUCAGAAAUAAAAACAUUUCCAACUCUU